AUGUCCUGCAUUGCCCCUUCGCCCUUUCCGAUCUGGACGGCUGCACCGCCCAAACAGGAGCGCAAAGCGGCCGAACUGGAGUCUCAGCGUCGACAGGCUGAGGAAGAACUCAAGGCGAACGGCGGAAAGCCCGACGAGGCUGAGCGCGAGCGUGUGCAGAUCACAGAGCUGUGCAGGUCGCUCAACGUUGAAAUGAAGGAGAUCAACCCAGACGGUCACUGUCUGUAUGCUGCUGUCGCUGAUCAGCUCAAUCGAUUGGGGAAAGUCACUAAAGAGGUCGACUACCAUGACACGCGCCGUGCCACGUCGCUCUUUAUGCGCACCCACGUCGACGACUUCCUGCCCUUCAUCUCCGACUCGGAUGAGCACAUGGCCGGCAUCGAAAACACCUAUGCUGGCCAGCUGCCCACUCCCUCUGGCCAGUCGGGCAUCGAGGACAAGCAAAAGCAGCACUUUUUCAAGUACUGCGACGCCGUCGAGAACACGGGCGUCUGGGGCGGUCAGCCCGAGAUUCUGGCGCUGAGCCGCGCAUUCGAGACGCCCAUCUGGGUCGUCCAGGCGGGGAGCCCCGUCGUCAAAGUGGGCGAGGAAGAGGGCGCCAAGGGCCAGGAUGCCCUCAUGAUUUCGUACCACCGUAAAAUGUACGGGCUGGGCGAACACUACAACUCGCUGGUCAAGGUGUCUUCUGCUUAA